AAGAAAAUUGCAACUCAAUUUCAUUUUACAUGCAAACUAAGGAGAUUUGAAGUUUGUUCUCUUCUUACUUUUGAAUUUGAAUGAUAUAGAAAUAUAAAGUUUUUGAAUUUUUUUAAUGCGACAAAAGGUAAUGAGAAAAACCAGCAAGUUUUGCUUUACCUGCACCAUUUCUAUGACACAUUCUGUCAGUUUAUUUUUUAAAUCGAUUCAUCCACCCCAUUUUAUGUUUUAUCGAUAAUAUUUAUAUGGCCGAGUAUCCUGCAAGAAGUUGCGGCCCUUGCCCUUAUACAGCUCAAUUCGCUUCUAACCCUCCGCAAGCCUCAGACUUUCUAGCACAAAAUACCGUACCCCAGCCUCAAAUCCAAUCUAAAGAUCCAAACUGUCGCCUCGAAUACAAAUUGGGAGUGACCCAAAACCUGCUACCUCCCGACCUCAACGCACCUCCAACCAAAUUGAAUUAUGAUUUGCAAAAGCCCACUUAUGCUAAUAGAAAUGAGGCUGUGGCACGACAUAAUGCAGGCGGCAUGCCUCCUUGUUUAGAAGCCAAUCUAAAUAAAUGCUGUUUAGAGAAUAAUCAUAAUGAAAAUAAGCAGAAUAAAGUUGUAAUUGAUUGUGAAUUGUUUAAUAAGGAAGGUACUGUAAAGCCUUUGAAAGGUAUUUUGAAGAAUAGUGAAGGUGCUAACUGUAGCUGUCCCACUUCCAGUGCAGUUCCAGCCUUGAAUAAAAACAUUUCGUAUCCAUCUACACCAGUAGAACAAAUUGAGGAAACCACAAGACCUGCACAACCACAAAAACUUAUCGAGGAAGCUACAAAUAGAGUAUCUUAUCAACCUCAAUUACAAAAACCUAUCGAAGAAACAACAAAUAGAGCCUCCUAUCAACCUCAAGCAGUAGAAAUGCACGCGACAGCUGGUCGUCAAGAUCCUCAAGCCCAAGAAACCCCUCAAACAGAAUCCAGAUUACCAAUAAACGCCACUGAAAAACCUGCCUGCUAUUUGCCUCAACAUGAAGACACCAUAAUGGCGAAACAAAUCGAAAUGGGUCCAGUAGGUCCGUGGGCUACGGGAAAAGCUGACUGGGGCCCUUUGGGUGUUUUAACAGGUACCAGACCUGUGGUAGAUAAAUAUUCCAUAACCAGAUACAGUACGGGCGAAUGGAGGUCGCAUAACAAACAAGUUCUGGAAAAAACCCAAACGGAACAGCACAGAGCUAAUUUGGUCGAUUGGAACGGAAGGCAAUGCCUGGAACAAACCCAAUCAGACGUGGACAAAAACCAAGAAGACAACACGAAACGUUUGGACCAAAGGGAACGGGAAAUAUUGCGUUGGAAAUGCGAACUGGAACGUGCCAUUGCCGCAGCUUCCGAGGAAAUGUCUUUGAUGGAAGAGCAACGGAAACGUCUAAAACAAGCAGCUGCCGUUUUGCAAAUGCCAGAGUCGAUAGCUGGCGAGUGUUUGGAACGCAGGACCGGACGUCUGGAUAGCGAAUUGGUGCGAGACGAAGUCGAGGACGAAUUGAUUAGAGAAGUGGCUCUGUGUUCUGAGAUUAGAGAUAUUUUUUCCAGGACUUUGAAGGAUGUUGAGAUGCAAUUGUUGGAAGAUAAAACUGCUAAACAAAGGCUUGAAUACGAUUGGAGCGACAAAAGAGACGCGCACGAAAUAGAUGCUUUGAAUUGCUCACUAAACACCCGUUCAACAACUUUAUUGUUCAAACCUGGAUCGGUACUAUUUCCCGAUAACCAGUCCACUCCAGAAUAUUGGGAACACUUUACAAAAGAAACUCUUUUAGCUGGAGAAGCUACUCGUCAACGAUCAGUAACUUUACGUGGCACUUUAGAUGCUAUUUUAAUUAACGCUGCAAGAGAUUUGAGAACUCAAGCUGAUCGAGUUGAGCUAGCUUUGAGCAAGAAAAUUGCUUGCACUGAAGAAGUUGUGAGGAGAUUUGAAAACGAACUAAAACAAAUUCUCAGACAAUUGGCUGAUGUAGAAGACCUUAUAAAUACCAUCAGGGCUGCUAUUAGAAGAAUGGAUAUUCCAAUGAAGAAAGCUCAGACUAGAUUAGAUAAUAGGCUUGCGAGGGCGCGCGUUGAAAAUUGCAGAGAUGCUCCACAUUUUGGGUUGAUUGAUGAAGUUAAAUCGAUUGCCGAAAACGUGGCCGCCCUUCAGGGUCAACUAGGGCAGGCUCAGAAAUCUCAGGACGAUAUGAUCACUGUCCGGAGCACAUUGGAAAGGGAAAUUAUGCUUAAAAAGAAGACGUUGGAGAUCGAUCGGGAUCGUAUCAAGAGGAUUAGAUCGCAUUAUCCUUCUUCAACUGCUUUGACUGGAUAUUAAGGUUUGAUUUAAUAUCACAGAAAAUUGUUGGUGAUUGAAACAAAGUCUUUCAUGGAAAUAUACCUACAAUUUUUUAUUUGAA